AUGGUGCCCGGGCUGCUGCCCCUCUUGCUCCCGCUGCUGCUGCUGCUGCCGCCGCUGCCCGCCGACGGGGCGGGCGGACGCUGCCCACCGCGCUGCGCCUGCAGCCAGGGCACCCUGCGCUGCCCCCCGCCGCCGCCGGGGGCGCUGCCCGCGCCCGCCCGCGCAUCAUUUACUCAUCUGCCUGUAAAAGUCAUCCCAUCACACGCGUUUGAAGGACUUAGAGAUGCCUUCAUCAUUGAAAUCUCUCAGAGUGACUCCCUGGAGAGGAUAGAAGUGAGCGCAUUUGACAGCCUUCCCACUCUGUCUGAAAUAUUAAUUGUGAACACGAAAAAUUUGUUGCACAUCGAGGACGGAGCAUUCAGAAACCUUCCAAGGCUGAAGUACUUGAGCAUUUGUAAUACUGGAAUAAGACAAUUUCCAGAUCUGACACAGAUCUUCUCAUUAGAAGCUCAUUUUAUUCUGGAACUCUGUGAUAACUUGCAUAUGACAACUAUACCACAAAAUGCUUUCCAGGGAAUGAACAAUGAAUCACUGACUCUCAAAUUAUAUAAAAAUGGAUUUGAAGAUAUCCACAGCCAUGCCUUCAAUGGGACAAAACUGAAUCAAUUGAUCCUGAAGGACAAUAAGAACCUCAGGUGGAUCCACAAUGAGGCCCUGAGAGGGGCCACAGGUCCAGAUGUUCUGGAUAUUUCUUCAACAGCACUGGAGUUCCUGCCUAGUUACGGGCUCGAGGCCAUUCAAGUCUUAAAUGCAACAUCAUCUUACUCAUUAAAGAGAUUGCCACCACUGGAUAAAUUCAGCAGUCUUCUGGAAGCUGUUCUGACGUAUCCCAGCCACUGCUGUGCCUUUCGAAAUCUAAGGACAGGAAAACAAAAUCCAAUGCUUUCCAUUUUCGACAACUUCUCCAAGGAGUGUGAAAGCACCAUGAGGAAACCCACAAACGAAGUAGCCUACUCAACCAUUUUUGAUGACAGUGAAAUGACCGGCUUCGACUUUGAGUAUGACUUUUGUCAGCCUAAGACACUCACGUGCACCCCAGAACCCGACGCAUUUAAUCCCUGUGAAGACAUCCUGGGAUACAGCUUCCUCAGAGUCCUGAUCUGGUUUAUAAACAUCCUUGCCAUCGCUGGCAACUUCACCGUUCUCCUGGUUCUCAUAACCAGCCACUACAAGCUCACUGUUCCUCGCUUCCUCAUGUGCAACCUCUCCUUUGCCGAUUUCUGCAUGGGGCUCUACCUGCUGCUGAUCGCUUCCGUGGAUGCCCAGACGAGUGGUCAGUACUACAACCACGCCAUAGACUGGCAAACAGGCAGUGGCUGCAGCACUGCUGGCUUCUUCACUGUGUUUGCCAGCGAGCUCUCAGUAUACACGCUCACGGUGAUCACUGUGGAACGCUGGCACACCAUCACCUAUGCCAUGCAGCUGGACAGGAAGCUGAGGCUGAGGCAUGCUGUGCCCAUCAUGCUGGGGGGGUGGGUGUUCUCCAUCUUAAUAGCGGGACUGCCUCUCCUAGGGGUCAGCAGUUACAUGAAGGUCAGCAUCUGCUUACCUAUGGAUAUCGAAACGGGUCUUUCCCAAGCCUACAUACUGCUGAUCUUAGUGCUAAAUGUCGUUGCCUUCAUUGUCAUUUGUGCUUGCUACAUUAAGAUUUACGUAGCUGUUCAGAACCCAGAGCUGGUAGCUGCCAAUAAAGACACCAAGGUUGCCAAGAAAAUGGCAAUACUGAUCUUCACGGAUUUUACCUGCAUGGCCCCCAUCUCCUUUUUUGCCAUAUCCGCUGCCUUUAAAGUGCCUCUGAUCACGGUGACAAACUCCAAGAUUUUGCUCGUUCUAUUUUAUCCCCUAAACUCUUGUGCAAACCCCUUUCUGUACGCCAUCUUCACCAAAGCCUUUCAGAGAGAUUUCUUUCUGCUGAUGAGCAGGUUUGGUUGCUGUAAGAGCCGAGCGGAGCUUUACAGGAUGAACUGUUUCUCAGCUCAUACCUCCAACUGCAAGAAUGGCACCUCAGCCACAGGCCCCAGCAAAGCCUCACAAGCCCUGCUGCUCUUGUCAGCAUUAGAGAAGCCAUACCCUGCAGUGCAAGACAAGACAUCUUAA